AUGACUUAUAUUUUGAGGGUCGUUGAUCACGAUAUAUGUCCGGUUUUUGGAUCGACCUCGGCGGUCCUGCAACUUUUCUGUCCGGAUUUUUGGAACGACAUUUUGCUCAAAAUCUGGGAUUUCUGUCCGGUUUCGGAACGUCCGAAGGGGUCGAUUUUCAAAAUUUUUGUCCGUCCGAAGGAACGUCCUCUGGGCCUAUUGUCAGGGGUCCUAUCCAAAGCCGCUCUUCACAGUUUUACAACAUCCCUGCGUGCCCAGCUCCAUGCGACAAAUGUUCACGUCAUGGAGAUAAUACCACCACUGGUUGAAUCAGAGUUACACGAUGCGCAAGGAACAACCCCUAUGUUGUCCAAGUUUUGGAUGCCUCUUGAUCAAUUUACGAAAGAGACCAUGGAAGGACUUCAAAGGGGGGACGCACACAUUGCAGUUGGAACGUCCAAGUCAGCCUUCGAAAAGUACGAGGAAGGGAAGGCGGAGGCAGCACUAGGGAUACAGAAGACAAGAGAAUCGCAAGGGGCAUAA